AAUAAUCAUUUUGUUCUCCUUCAAUGGAUUUUGAAUUAAGAUGACAACUUCUUCUUCUUCAUCCUCCGAUCAUGAAAUUCUUGAUAAUAAAGAAAAAAAAUAUUGAUCUUUCUUCGUGUUCGAUGAAUAUUAAUAAUGUAAAAUUCAAGAGGAGGGCAGGAAGAAGAAAGUUCAAGGAGACUCGACAUCCAUUAUAUAGAGGAGUUAGGAGGAGGAACGGAGAAAAAUGGGUAUGUGAAAUACGCGAGCCAAAUAAAAAAUCAAGAAUUUGGUUAGGUACUUUCUCCACUCCUGAAAUAGCAGCUAGGGCACACGAUGUUGCUGCCCUAGCUCUCCGAGGAAGUAAUGCCCUUCUUAACUUCCCCGGAUCCGCUUGGUCUCUACCUAAAGCUAAAUCUUCUUCCCCUCGCGACAUCCAAAUCGCGGCUUUACAAGUUACCAAAGAAUUAGUUGUGUCCUCCUCUCCCUUAGAAGAACCUACAUGUUCUCAUCAAAAGCCAAAAGAUGAUCAAGUGAAUUCUUUAAUGGAGUUUAUAGAUGAGGAGGCCAUGUUUAAUAUGCCAAUAUUGAUUAAUAGCAUGGCUGAGGGGAUGCUUCUAACUCCACCAGCUUUGAAAAGAGGCUUUAAUUGGGGUGAUGUUGAGGAAGACACUGAGUUCACUCUGUGGAAAGAUUGAUCCCACAUGUCUAUUUUUGUUUGAGACUUUGACCUUAUUUGUUUCUACUUAAUUAAGGUUUCAAUUCUAAUAAUUUAGA